UCACGACGCCGUGCGUGCCCCUGCGUCGGCAGCCGAGGAGACCCCGUGCGGAGCUGCCAACGCCCCGGCCGAGAAGGGGAGAUCAGUCCUGGAUUUGAAACCCUGAAAGUGGAUAUAAAAAGACCUCAGCAAUGCAGACGAUUAAGUGUGUUGUGGUGGGCGAUGGUGCCGUCGGUAAGACUUGUCUCCUGAUCUCCUAUACGACAAAUAAAUUUCCAUCGGAAUAUGUACCAACGGUAUUCGACAACUAUGCAGUGACGGUUAUGAUUGGCGGGGAGCCAUACACCCUUGGAUUGUUUGAUACUGCAGGACAGGAAGAUUAUGAUAGAUUACGGCCUCUCAGCUACCCACAGACCGAUGUGUUCCUUGUCUGUUUCUCAGUGGUCUCUCCCUCCUCAUUUGAAAAUGUGAAAGAAAAGUGGGUACCUGAAAUCACUCAUCAUUGUCCAAAGACUCCUUUCCUGCUUGUUGGGACCCAAAUUGAUCUCCGGGAUGACCCCUCCACUAUCGAGAAACUUGCCAAGAACAAACAGAAGCCCAUCACUCCGGAGACCGCCGAAAAGCUGGCUCGUGACCUGAAGGCGGUCAAAUACGUGGAGUGUUCUGCGCUCACACAGAAAGGCCUAAAGAAUGUAUUUGACGAGGCGAUAUUGGCUGCCCUGGAGCCUCCGGAACCGAAGAAGAGUCGCAGGUGUGUGCUGCUAUGAACGUCUCUCCAGAGUCCCCUCUGCAAAGCUGGUGUCGGCAUCCUACUAAAAGCAAUGUCUAAAUCAAAACUAAAGAUUCAAAAUUAAAAUUCGUUUUUUGCAAUAAUGACAAAUGCCCUGCACCCACCCCACACUCCUAGAAGUUCAUUGGUUCCCCACUCUCCCCCUCCCCACCAACUUGGUAUGCUAGUUAAUUUUGAGUAAUUAUGUAUUGUCAGGAAUAUCUGAUCAGUACUAGUUUUUUUUAUUUUGUUUACUGUUCUAAGGUUUUCGUCUUUUUUUUUUUUUGGUUUGUGUAAAAGCACGGCAUGCUCUUCAUGACUCUGUAACAGACUAAUUCUAGGCUCAUUUAUUGAAGCUACUCUACAGGGCCAACCUGGCAAGUAACCUUUUGGGGGGAGGGCAGGGGGGAUUUUUUUUCUGUUGUCAUUUAAUCCAUUAGCGAAUGGAUUUCCUUCGUGCGGGGUGGCGAUGGAGAUGUAUUUCAAUUCCCAGACCUGGUUCAGAAAAGAUAUUCCCCAUGUGGUGCUCUGUAGGAAGGAGUGUAGAAAAUAUUAAGCGAAACUCCCUUUAAAAAGUUGUCUCUCUCCACCUCCUAAAAAGACCCAGUGUUCAAUUAAACCACUGGUUGUAGGUGGCUUACGUCCUGCCCCACCUAUCCAUCUUGCAAGGGUGAACUAUCUCCCGAGACUGUGCUUUUAAGGAAAUCGUUUUGGCAACUGCUGAUUCUUGCGAUGAAUUUUUCACCUCUUCAUCGAUGUCUGAAUAAAACCACUGCAGCUCUCCAAUACGCCAAAUAGGUUCUAGUAAAAAACAAAACGAAACAAAGAAAAAAAAACUAAAACCAACCGCCCCCGCUUUACUUCGCAAUGGACUUGCCGUGAUGGAGAAUAAAAUAUUGGCCGUGACAUACCUAUGGAACCUGGGUGUGUGGAAGCCAGAUUAGCAGAGAAGAUAGGAAUGAGUGCCAUGGCCCGUGUCCUCUGGCAAACGAGGGGGGCCCAAAGGGGGCAAGAAGCUACUUCAUUAGGAAGCGAGGGCGAGGAGGUGAGGGAGAGUUUUUGCGAAACCACAGUGACCAGCCAUGGGAAUUCCCUCUCUCUACAUUUUUGCAUAUAAGAAAAAAAAAAAAAAGAAAAGCCCCAUUCGUGACUAGUACUGUACAGAUCCUGAAAAUUUUUAGUGCGGACUCCAGUGUUACUUGGGAUUUUACUGAAAGGUUUUUCGGUUGGCAGUUUCUGCUUUAAAAAAAUAAAAAAAAUUUAAAAAAAAUUAGGAAAUCUUUCCAUCUUCCCAAAUCCUAAUUUACUUCGUUCCAUUAGUAUUGAAACGAUGCUUUUUCAUAUCUCCAUUCUUUGUAUAUGCAUUCUUUUCAAAUGUAUUAAACACGGAAUACCUUCACAA